AUGAAGUUCACUUCCCCAAAUUCACCAGGUGAGGUUCCUCAUAUAAGCAUCCUCUCCACAUGUUCCAUCUUUCCAGCAUUUACCUGUUGGCAACUUACACAUCAGGAUACCACAUCAGAGACUAGGGUAGCUGUUACUGUUAUUGCUCUCAAACAAGAUGGCCAGCUGGUUGCCACCGAGUCCAAUCAUUUGGAGAGAGCCAGACACUGCCUACUAUCGCCAAGACUGAGGUUCAGGAAGAGCCAGUCCCUGGUUCCCCAGGGGUGGGCCAGGGCAAUGUGGCCUGAAGGGCAGGGCAGGGGCACGUCCAGCACCACCAAGAGAGUGAGUGAGUCCAGUGCCCGCAGAGGUGAAGGCUGGGCCACCAGGCCUCCUCCUGCUGAGCCUCCCUCCACGCCUAAGGAGGUGACCUCGGGCCCGGCCUCCUCCAGCCUUGCCACCCACAGGAAGCGCGUCUCCAUCUGCUCCCCAGCAGUGGACAGCAGGACCACCAGAUCGCCAUUUCCUGGUGGGUCCUCCCCAACCCAGGAGGAGGCCCGAGUGCGCAGGCCCUCCCCAGCCAGUGCCCAGAGCCCUGGGGCUGUGGAGGGUGGGGGCCUCCGACUGACCCUUCGUGGGGUCUCCUGUGCUGCCAGGGAGGCGAAACAGCCCAGGGCUCCCAGUUUGACGCACAGCGCAGAUCGCACCUCCUCUGCCAAGCGGGAGGAGCGGGGAGGCCUGCGAACAUCACCGUCCACUCGCAAGGACGAGGAGGUCAACCUGGGCCGCAUCUCCUCCAACACCAAGACUGAGCCUUCCCGAACCAUCUGCCUGCAGGCCGCCCCAUCCUCCAGGCCCGCGUCCACCACCGAGGAGGGCCGGGGAGUGCAUAGGGCCCCCUCAACCAUGACCCAGACGGUGCAGCUCCCUGCGAUCCCCCCAAAGGGAGAGGCCCUCUGCCGACCACCCACCGGGGGUACCUGCAGACUGGAGGAAGUCAACCAGACCGUCUCAUUCCUAACCUGGGGUCCCCUCACUUGUCAUGGGGGAGGGGACAGUGCCACCCCUAAACUCCUGGCUGCCAGGACCAAUCUGGCAGCAAAUGACCGGCAAGAACGCAGGGUCCCCAACAGGGCGUUUACCACACUGAACCCCCUGAUUCUGGGGACUGGCGUUGUUGGCCAGGGCCCCAGGGCCAAGGCCGAAGCCCUGCAGGUCCAACUUCCCAGAAUUGCCUGUAGCUUGGAGAGCUCCCGCGCCGUCCCUCUGGUGGGAAGCCCCGAGGCUGCAGACCAUCCGGAUGGGGAGAAUUCCGAGAGGGAAGAUGGCAAAGUGGACAGGGCCGCCGUGAAGACAUCCACCAGCUCGCAAGUCAGCGUGAGCGCGCACACCGUCCACGGACGGCCCAUGAGGCAAACCACUGCCCUGGCCAAACUGGCAGCAGACAAGGCAAAACAACGCAGGGAGGACUUGGUCAAGGCGGAGAAGGCCUGCGACAUUACUAUUAUCGGGGUCAGCCGCACUGACAUCAAGACAGAGACAGGGAAAGCGCACGAUCUGCCCCAGCUUGAACUUGUUCAACACCUGCAACAACGCAGCGAGGACCUGGCCACAGCGCAGGACGUGCAUGACCCGAGGGUUGGCCAGGUCCACCCCAAUGACAUCCUGGGAGCCACAGGGAAAGUGCAACAUCUUCCCCAACUUGCUUUCCCUCGACGUCAGACCCCUGACACGUGCCAUCCCUCGAGGGUAGUCAUCUGCAAUAAACUGCGCACGUCGACAGAUGAACACUCCUGCGCUGGCAACAGCCUCAGCAACUCCCCACCCCCAUCACCAGAUUCGGCUAUUGAAUGUAUAUCAUUGCAGCCAGAGAAGUUACUGAAACAUGAGCCCGUUUUCAGGGCCACAGCGGUCAUGGCGCUAAGGAAGUCAGGCCAGCUCAAGAGGAAAACCCAAAUGCACAGUGUGGACAAAGACACGUUAUUUGUAAGGGGCAAAAACAAACCCAAGGAGGGAUGUAUCAAUGAAAUAAUUGAGGAAGAGAGCCAGGAGAAUUGUGAUGAGGAAGAGGAGAGAGAGCUAAAGGAGAAAGUAUCAAGCCCCAUCAACCCCCAACAAAGUGUGGACUAUGAAUAUGAACACCAGCCACUGAUAGCCAGGAAAGUUCAGUUACAGAAACCUAGGUUACCGCUACACGAGAAACUAUCCAGCCAACUGCAGAUCACACAGGCCAAGAGGAGUAUAGAACUUGCCAAAACAGCCAGGGAAUGGAAGGCUCACAGCCAGUUUAUACGGCAAAAAUCAUUUUUGGAAAGACAAAUCCCUAAACUGGAUGUUGUUAAAACAGGAAACAGCAAAGCAAGGGAGCUUGCAAUGCAGAUUCAACCUAGUGAGGACAGAACCAAUGAGGCCCACAUUGACCUGUGCCUUAGCACCAAAAUGGAAGAUCAGCAUUUACGUGACCAGCUUGAUAAGCUGACAAAACAGUACGAAAAGUUGGAGAUAACAAAAAGGGAAUUUCUAAGGAGAAAAGAGUAUUUACAAAAGAAGUGGAACUUACAGAUUUUAUUCUCAGAGAUACCCCGUUAG